CGCGCCUUUCUUACGUCACUGUACGCAUGCGCUUUGGAAGGAAGCGCGAGCUUUCGGGGAACAGGGGGCGGGCCUUGGCCGAGGUCGCACGGCGACUGCGCCGACGGGAGCCGGACUGGAACAUGGCGACUUGUGCUGAAAUCCUGCGGAGCGAGUUCCCCGAAAUUGAUGUACAGGUCUUCGACUACGUUACUGGCGUCUUGCAUAGCGGCAGCGCGGACUUCGAGUCUGUGGAUGACCUGGUGGAAGCUGUGGGGGAAUUGUUGCAAGAGGUGUCCGGAGACAGCAAGGAUGACGCGGCCAUCAGGGCCGUGUGCCAGCGCAUGUACAACACUCUACGCCUGACUGAGCCACAGAGCCAGAGAAACAGCCAGAUGCUACUAGAUGCCCCCAUCCAGUUGUCAAAGAUAACAGAGAACUACGACUAUGGCACCAAACUUCCAGGACUGCUAAAGAGAGAACAGUCCUCGACAGUGGAUGCAAAGAAGCUAGAGAAGGCUGAGGCUCGACUGAAAGCAAAGCAGGAGAAGCGCUCAGAGAAGGACACACUCAAGACCAGCAACCCUCUAGUCUUGGAAGAGGCAUCAGCCAGCCAGGCAGGCAGCAGAAAGGAGAGUCGACUGGAAUCAUCUGGCAAGAACAAAUCCUACGAUGUUCGAAUUGAGAACUUUGAUGUGUCUUUUGGUGAUAGGGUACUGCUGGCUGGAGCAGAUGUGAACCUGGCGUGGGGCCGCCGCUAUGGGCUGGUGGGUCGGAAUGGGUUGGGAAAGACAACACUACUGAAGAUGCUGGCCACCCGGAGCCUGCGGGUUCCAGCCCACAUUUCCCUCCUGCAUGUAGAGCAGGAGGUUGCUGGAGAUGACACCCCUGCCCUACAGAGUGUGCUGGAGAGUGACACCGUGCGAGAAGAUCUCCUACGACAGGAGCGGGAGCUCAGUGCCCAGGUUGCUGCCGGCAGGGCUGAGGGCUCAGAAGCUGCACAGCUCGCAGAAAUCUAUGCCAAACUGGAAGAGAUUGAAGCUGACAAAGCCCCUGCCAGGGCAUCAGUCAUUCUUGCUGGGCUUGGCUUUACCCCUAAAAUGCAGCAGCAGCCCACCCGGGAGUUUUCAGGUGGCUGGAGGAUGAGACUGGCCCUGGCCCGGGCUCUGUUUGCUAGGCCAGAUCUGCUGCUGUUAGAUGAACCCACAAACAUGCUGGAUGUAAGGGCCAUCCUGUGGCUGGAGAAUUACCUGCAGACAUGGCCCUCUACCAUCCUGGUUGUCUCCCAUGACCGCAACUUCCUGAAUGCCAUAGCCACAGACAUUAUCCACCUGCACAGCCAGCGGCUAGAUGGUUACCGUGGAGACUUUGAGACCUUCAUCAAGAGCAAGCAGGAGCGGCUGCUCAAUCAGCAGCGUGAAUAUGAGGCCCAGCAGCAGUAUCGCCAGCAUAUCCAGGUCUUCAUUGACCGGUUUCGCUACAACGCAAACAGAGCCUCUCAAGUGCAGAGUAAACUCAAGAUGCUGGAGAAGCUACCGGAGCUGAAACCCGUGGACAAGGAGUUGGAGGUAGUGAUGAAGUUCCCUGAUGGGUUUGAGAAAUUCUCACCACCAAUUCUGCAACUGGAUGAGGUGGAUUUCUACUAUGAUCCUAAGCACGUCAUCUUCAGCCGUCUCUCCAUCUCUGCUGAUCUUGAAUCCCGCAUCUGUGUGGUUGGGGAGAAUGGAGCUGGGAAGUCUACCAUGCUAAAGCUGCUUCUGGGGGACCUAGCUCCUGUUCGGGGGAUCAGACAUGCUCACAGGAAUCUGAAGAUUGGCUAUUUCAGCCAGCACCACGUGGAGCAGCUGGACCUGAAUGUCAGUGCUGUGGAACUGCUGGCACGCAAGUUCCCUGGACGGCCUGAGGAGGAGUACCGUCACCAGCUGGGCCGGUAUGGCAUCUCUGGAGAACUGGCUGUGCGCCCUGUUGCCAGCUUGUCUGGGGGCCAGAAGAGCCGAGUGGCCUUUGCUCAGAUGACCAUGCCCUGCCCCAACUUCUACAUUCUGGAUGAACCCACAAACCACCUGGAUAUGGAGACAAUUGAAGCUCUGGGCCGUGCUCUCAACAAUUUCAGGGGUGGUGUGAUUCUGGUGUCCCAUGACGAGCGCUUCAUCCGGAUGGUGUGCCGGGAGUUGUGGGUGUGCGAAGGAGGUGGAGUCACCCGGGUCGAGGGGGGAUUUGAUCAGUACUGCGCCCUUCUCCAGGAACAGUUCCGCCAUGAGGGCUUCCUCUAGGGCCACCAGGCUGAGGACUGUGCCCAGGACAUGGACUGGUCUCUCAGACCCCUGGGACAUCACGUAGGCAACCAUCUCUGGGCCAUAGACUUCCCCCAACUUUGGGGACAGCCUUAUUCCCAAACUCUCCUUUUGACUGGAGCAUCCUCUCUGCAACCCAGGGAGCCCCAUCUAAGGGUCUUUGAGGACUGGUCUUCCAAGGGGAAAGGAGUAGGGGGUGCCCUCUGGGAUUUUAGAUCCCUGCCACUGCCCCAGCUGUAACUGGGCCCUGAGUGGCUGCUGUGUAAAUUAAAUCUCCCUGCAUCUUCCUUGCCUCAUCUGUGCUGCUCCCUGACAGGGCUUCAGUGUUUGCCCACUGUUAAGGAGUGUGGACUCCCUGAUUUGGCAUUUUUCCUGUGACACUUUGUCAGUCAUACUGAGGAGGCCAUAGCAGCAUCAGCCUUGCCCCUGGGCAGAGAUGUCAUUAAAGCCACAGGGGCUUGGCCUUAUAGUGGUUGGAGCUGGUGAAAUAAAGGGCAGUGUAUUACAUCACUGCAGUGCUGUUCUCCCCGGCCCAGGCUCACUCUGUUUCUCUGGUGUGGACCCUUCAAGGCUAAAGAGAAACUGAGAAACAGUGUUUGUCUCCAUUUUGCUUGGGUGGUUUCAUGUUCUUUAUUUUUCCUUUAACCAUGUGGGAGGAGCCUGGAAAGUAGGGACUUGAGGUCUAAGGUGAAGAAAGAGAACACUUUUGUUUCAAACUAAACAAUAUUUAAAAGCAGAGGAGCUGUUUAACAGAAGUAGUAAGAUUUAUAAAUACUAUUUUUUGGAUACUCAGCUGCUGUAUGUAAUUGUUGUAUAGAAGAUACUAAAGUAGAGAGGUUGUUUUUCUCUUAAUGACAUUGGAGAAACCAGCGUCAACAGAAGGAACUUGUUGGCUUCAUGGAGAACUGUCAUUGCAGAACUCAAGCAAGGAGUCUUAACAGGGCACUGUGGUACUGUGGUACAGCUGGGGAGGACACAACCUGUGUUGGGGGUAAAGCAGAAUAAUGCUGGGAAGGCUCUGGACUGAUGGACUCUGAAGCCAGGAGAAGGGUCAUUAAUCUUCCUGCCUCCUCAGCCUCCCUCAGGAGUCCAGAGGAGGCAUUCUUACAGGCACAUCUGUGGCCACGUGCACCUCACAGCUCGGAGAGCCUUUUCUCAGUCCUGCCACUCUCUUCCAACCUCAGAUAGUCGAGGCCACCUGGUGUAGGGUGUGGGCCUGCCUAUUUGCCACGUUCUCAGGCCCUCUCACCCCUCAACAGCUUGUGGUCCCUAUAUGAGUUCUCCCAAUCUUUAGGGUCCCUGGAAGUGCAGCUGAAGGGUUCUGUGACAUAGAAUCUGCUUCUUUGGAGGUGACUUUGUGUAUGAAGAGCCCUGGAGUUGGAUCUGCGAUCAAAUGCCAGCUCUAUUACUGGUAGUGAAAAGGGUCACCAACAUUAGCUGAGUAACCACAACAAAUUGACCUUUCUGAACACCUCCUCGGCAUAAUACAUAAGCACUCAAAGCGAUUCUUGUGUGACCACUGAUUUGGAGGACAUCGUUUGGAAAAAGUAAAUUUUCUCUUGAGUGACUCCAGUGGUAGGCCAGUUUGGCUGAAAGGAAAGAAAAACUUUCUUAAUAGUUCAGGUUGCCUUCUGAGAGUGACGUCCUGGCCUCUGGGACUGUCCAGCCCUGCUGCCCACUAGAGAAGGGCUCUUCAGGUAGGAGGCAGCACUAGAUCGCUUCCAGUUUUAUGAUUUCAUUCAAUAAGGGCCUGUACAUGUGACAAUACAGGCCUAUGCUGCCACCCUGUAAAAAGUUGGGAUGAAUGAAUUGCAGCAGCUAAGAAAGACCCUAUAAUAAGUGUGUAAGGUGAGCUUUGCGGGGUUAGAGGAGAACUGGCAGAAGAUGGUUGUCUUGAGGGGUAGAAAAUGUAGGCAGUGUCAGCCAGCUCCAUUCCAGAAAGCACAGGGCGAAGAGCAGAGAGGAAUCUGACACGACUAGGGAGAGCCUGUCCAGCUCCAACCAUUGGAAAGCUGGUCCCUCCAGCUGCUGAGCUGGAGCUGCCUUGCCGGAGUCAGGCCUUAAAGCCAGUCAGGAGCUGGCCAGGUUGAAAGGCCUCAUUGUGUGAACUCAUUGAAAUCCUGGCCUCCGUGCUUCUGCUGGCCUUAUCACACUCCCCAACGCCUUCUCAGGCAACCUGGCUGGUCCUCUGGGGGGCAGAGUGCAGGCGUGCAGUGAGAUCAGGGGUCUUUCCCAUAACAAUCUACAGGGUGCUCAGAGAUGCCAGUCAGUUGUUUAUUUCAGUGUGAAAUUAACUGUCUUGAAAUUCGUUGGACAUAAACUAACAUUUAGCUGAGUUCUCCCUGGUUUCCAGGCAAAUUUUAGCUGAGAAGAAGAGAAGGUGCUGUUUACCCUCAUUGGCCAUGCCCUGGCCUAGUUUGUCAUUUAGAACACGAUAUCUUACGAAGAGCCACUCCCCAGGCCAGGUCUGGUCCACCCAAAGAUGCAAACCAAACAGCCUCAGGGCCCCAUGGCUCUGUACCAGCCCAAGCAUGCAGCCUAGAUGGCAGAAUCUGUGGGAAAUCAUAGCAGGUUAACGGUGGGUCCAAAAUCUGGCUAAACCUGGAGUGACAGACUCCUCUCAGUGUCACCCCCCUCCAAGUGGGCUUCACUGCACUUUAUGUGUCCCUCACUGUAAGCUGCUUGCCAUUAUUAAGGUUGUAGUUCCCACUUGGCCUUGAUACCCUUGAAAGCCAGACCCUGGCUUGCUCAUCUUUGCAUCCUGUGCCCAUGUUGCAGGUUGGGUUCCCUGGGAAGUAGCUUGAAGAGAUCAUCAGCAUGCAGGCUAUUUAUUAUGGGGUGCUCCUGGGACCAACAUCAGGGCCUAGCAGAGGGAGAAGUUGAGCAGCAGUGCAGGCCCAACAAAAGCCUCAGGCAGCCCCACCUUCUGAGGCUGGCAGAGUUGUUCUUAGUUGAGGCAAUGGGUCAGGCCUUUUUUCUGCUGAGAUGAUCAGUCUUUGGAUGCUGGCUGCCACCAGAAGGAGCUGUGACCUUGGGAGAGGAAGUUGUCUUCAGCUAGCAGUUAGCCCUAAGGGGCUGACCGCUGAGGACCUGCUGCUGCCGUCUGCACUCUCAGCGGCUCGGGCAGCAAGUCCAUUCCUGAGAGGUCAUCACAGCAGCCACUACCGUGCCUAGCACAGAAAGAGGUGCUCAGUAAAGGCGCUUGAGAAGUGAAUAUUUGGGGGGAAUUAUUUGAGAAAAAGUAGAGAGUAACAUUGGAGGAGAGUGCAGAGGCCAGGAAACAAGCAAGGGGGCCAUGACCAAAAUCCAGCUCUGAGGACAUGGGGUCAGAACGGCGGAGGUGGAGGUGAGACUUUGGAGGACGGUGCAGGCUCAGCAAGGGCGUGUGAGCUCUGCCUAGAGGAGGGAGGACCCCUUUUUCUGGGCCAAAGUCUUGAAAGCUUUGGGACGUAAGACAGAUUAAAGGGGCCAGUUUUCAUUUGUUUUUAAACGUCGCCUUGUUUUCUUUCAAGACAAUGUUAAGGGAAUAAUGACAGUUGAUAGUUAUUGGGCUCUUGUUACGUAACAGGCACUGUAGAAACUGCUUCACCUGCACCACGUCAAUCCUCACAACCCUACGAACUGGCCCAGUUACUAUCCCCAUUUUAUAGACGAGUAAAUGGAGUUGGCAUGGAGGGAUUUAGGACAGUCUGGCUCUAGAGCACAGCUCUGGUCACACUGUCUACCGCUCAGUCCCUAGUGCCAUGUGUUGAAUAGUGAGGGUUGGUUAAUCCCAUCACUUAAAACUCAUCUAUUACAUGGGAUGGAGGGUGGGAGGUGAAGGAUUUGAACAAGCUUCUCUCAGGAGAGCAAGCUGAUGAGUAGAAGUACCUGGCACAGUGGCUGGCACAUAUUAGAUGCUCAGUGAACAGCUGUUAAUUAAACAAUUAAAAACGUGGUACAGUGGAUGAGUCACGCACUGGGAUUAGCCCAGUUCUGCCACUGGACUGUGUUUUAGGCAAAUCAACCUCUCCUGAGUAAAUUAUCCUUAUGCAUAAAAUGGGCAUGACAUAAAUUUGUCUUGCCCCCUUCUUGGUUAGCAGGAGGGAUUAAAUGAGACAAGGUCCUGUGUAAACUGACUACAUUUUUUUGUGAACCGUGAAGUGCCAUGGAUCCAAGGGUGUCAUUUCAUGGAAGGAGUGGUGGGAGAGCAGCUGGGAGCCUACUCUGGAGACAGACUGGCACCUGCACACACACACACACUCUAGGCCAUCAUCAAGAUGAUGGCCCGAGGAGUGCACCCCACAGCCCUCAUCUGCCGGGCCGGGUAUCAGCAAGCACAAAUGCUGGAAAACAGCAUGAGACUCUGCCUGGCACCUGCUGAGUUGCAUGGGGUGAGGCAGAAAUCACCAUGCAAUUUAAGCCCAUUCUAAUAACAUGUAUAGAUUGUGCCCUGUCAGUAAUUCUAGGUUUCCCUUUUCUUUAUGUUAAAUAAAUGGGUGGUUUGGAAGUGAUUUCUGCUGUACUGUAUGUAGAGAGAACUUUGAAACCCUAAAUUAUAAUAAAUAUUUGUCAACCCA